ACAGGAUGCAGACAGGAGCUGGAUCCAGCUCUUCUCUGGAGGAAUAGGACAGGCAUCAUGAAGCAGAGCUGGGGGUGGACUGGCUGGAUUGGGCUAUGCUGCUUGGAGAAGGAGUGGGUGGCACGAAGCAGCAAGCAGAGAUCGGUGACAGCAGCGCUGACCUGAGGCUUAGAGGAGCCUUCGGGGGAACAGGAACCUGCGAGCAGUCUGGGAGGCAGUGCUGCUGUGCCAGCACUGACCAUGCAGGAUGCUUUUGGGAGCAGGUGGGAGGGCUGGAGGGAGGGAUGAGUUAGGUACUACUCUGCAGGGCCUUAGGGGUCAGCCCCCACCUGGGAAUGGCAGAGGAGUGGGUGCAUGCACCUGUGGCAGGGCAGAAAUGGGGAGGGAUCUGGGAUCCAGCCAUCUGUCGGCUGCACGGACUGGCUUCCCACCUGCUCACAGCCUUGAGGAAGUUCCCUCUCCAUCCUGGGCGCUGACAGAGGAAAGGCAGGAGGUGGCUUGGAGCUGCAGAGCACUGGCCUGUUAAGGGUGGACAGGGGGACAACAAGCUUCCCUUUUACCUUUCCCGAGGACUUGGGGUUCACACACAGGCCAUGAAUGGAUCCAUUUUCAACCAGACUCUCCUGGAGCAGGCAGCUGACCCCAACAGGACUCAGGGCUUGGGAAUGCUCAUGGCCUGCUGCAAUGGGAGCAGCACAGUGCUGGCGACGGAUGGCAGCUCCUUGGUCCUGGCACCCGACGAGAGGAGCCUUUUCAUCACUAGGGUGGUGCAGAUUGCUGUCCUCUGUGUCCUCUCCUUGACUGUGAUGUUUGGCAUCUUCUUUUUGGGCUGCAACUUGCUUAUCAAGUCGGAGUCCAUGAUUAACUUCCUGGUGAAGGACCGAAGACCUUCCAAGGACGUGGGUGCUGCAAUCAUGGGACUUUACUGAAGCCACCGGGCUCCUGUAGGCAAGUGAACUGUCUGGACCUGGUGUUGAGAUGCAUAUUCCCAUGUGUUUGGGGCAACUGGAGGGAGUGGGAAUGGGGGGAGGGGUCUUUUAGUCUGUCUGUGUCCAUGGGAAAGCAAACCUGCUCUUCCUAGCCAACAAACUGUGGUGGUGAAUGGGGAAACCACCCCAGAGCUGUGUGAAGCAUAAUAAAUGACCAGUAUUGUGUUGCAUGUAGAAACAGCUUAAGUUUUGCAUGAAACUUGCAGAAAUAGUGAUAAUGUGGAGAUCUGGACUCUUUACUGCUGUUACCUUGGAUACGGCUACCUGGGAUUUAGGGCUAAAAAAAAGGCAAAUAAGCCGUUACAAAAAAGCAAAGUAAUGGGAGAGCAAAAUACAGGGCACAGACCUUGUCUUUGAGAGGGGCAGGAGAAGGGAAAUGCCAUGUGGGUCAUAAAACAGAGUCUGCAUGCUAAAAAAUGUCAGUCUGUUGUGUUUUGGACCUUGAGCAUGCAUCUUCUGGUAGUUUUGUAAUAAGGAAAGCAUGUUCUUUCUUAUUUUCCUGAGCUAUCCUGUUAAAUAAACUGGUACUUUCUUCUUUCACACUAUGGUGGAGGAAGAAAAGGAUACAGAUAAAUAUAAACCCCUCCCCAAUCCUAAAACAAAAGCAUGCUUGUUUUUGUAUACACCAGACUCUUUUUCCAAGUGCUACAUUGUUACAGUCCUUGAGGUUUUGUAAUUUUUGAAAAUUGGUGAACGUUCAGGGGGAAAAAAACCAAACCUGUUCCAACAGCA